AGCCCCAUCACCACCACCAUCACCAUCGCUCACAUCACCAACCCAGAAGUCCGGCUCUCCUGAUUUCUGAGCCCAGGCCAAGAGAAGCAGCCCUGCCCAGACACCGACCUAAUGCACAUCUGCACUAAAACUUGAAGACAGACUGCAGAGAAGCUUCAUUAAUUUUUCACAAGAUCCGUCCAAUAGUGGCUGAGCAGAGCUGAGACAAAGCCACAUCACGAGUGCCUGUGCCAGCAGCCCGCAAAGGGUUAACCCAUUAGCCCAUAUCCUGGUGAGCUCAUCCCCACUGGAGCCUGCUCAGUGGCAGGGAUCCGCUGCACACCAGCUCCUAGAUGGGGCCAGGGAGGCUUUCUCCGGCUGGGAUGCAGAACUUGAACAGAAACUCGUUGCAAGCUUCCUGCCCCUGAUCGAGCCGUGUGUGACUACCGGGUUCACCAUCCUCUCCCAUGGGACAUUGAGGACACACAGAACCCAGUAUCGCCCUCCUGUGAGCCAGGCUGGAGACGGAUGCUGGGAACAGGAAGGGUGUGUGAGGACUCCCCCGGCUUCACCCUUGCUUCUAGCUGUUGUGGGUACUGGGUGCCCAGUCUCGAGGAGCCAUGACGAUGGAGGCACUCCCCAAGGCCCUGGAGGUCGACGAGAAGUCUCCAGAAUCCAAGGACCUGCUGCCCAGCCAGACUGCCAGCUCCCUGUGCAUCAGCUCCAGAAGUGAGUCUGUCUGGACCACCACCUCGCCCCGGAGUAACUGGGAAAUCUACCGCAAACCCAUCGUCAUCAUGUCGGUGGGUGGCGCCAUCCUCCUCUUUGGUGUGGUCAUCACCUGCUUGGCCUAUACCCUAAAGCUGGGUGACAACAGCCUUAAGGUCCUUAAGAUGAUAGGGCCUGCCUUCCUGUCCCUGGGACUCAUGAUGCUGGUGUGCGGGCUGGUGUGGGUGCCCAUCAUCAAGAAGAAACAGAAGCAGAGACAGAAGUCCGUUUUCUUCCAGACCCUCAAGUCCUUCUUCCUGAAUCGCUGAUGGUGGCCUCGCCCUGUUCUCCCCAUCACCCUGUGGCCUUGACCAGGAGGAGCUCUGAUAGCAUCCAACAUCCCCAUCUUCUUGGUGGUGGUGGUUGAUGGGGGGAUGGUUAGCCACAAGACAGCCAGGCAAAGCCUCUUCCUGGGACAGGCUUUCCUCUUCCUCCCCGUGGGACAGAGCUCAGGGCUCCUCAUGUCGCUGGGGGAUGCUGCUGGCUGCAUCUCAUUUAGUCUUGCGAAUAUUGCUACGCCUUCUGUGAUGCUGGUCACAGCCACCCCCUUUCGUGGCUCAUUCCCUGCACCUGCAUCCAGCUAUCGCUCAUCUAACUCUCUCUGCCAAGUGCUAUGCAUGCUGGGAAAUUCCUUGGGCUAGGCUGUGCCCCAAAACGAGAACCUCACGUUUGCACGUCAGAGUGCCCAAGCUGCAUUCCCCAUUUGCAUCUUUCUCGAACUCAAACCAACCCAUGGAGUUCCCUCAUAGAAGACAGGGAAGGCUGGCUUCUGGCUCGCUGGGUUCCCCAGCCCCAGCCGACUUUGCAGAUGAGAUACUGACUUGCAUUUCAAGGGACAAGUCGCAAGUAAGAAACAUCCCAAAGAGCGAACAGUGGAGGGCAAUACCCCUGGGAAAGGCUCUGCAAGUCAGCCGGCUGAGGAAGUUACAUCCCAGUUAAGACAGUAUUUACGCCAGAGACC